CGUCAUGCCAAUGGUUAAUGUUCAUUCUGGAUUCAUUUAAUUCGAACAACAUGUUUUGGUAUUGGUUUCGAUGUAUGUCAAUAUCUUCCUUAUAUGUGCAAUAGAAAAAAUCGUGAAUCAAUAGAAGAUGGAACAAUAACUCAUUCCAAUGAAAUGAUGAAUAGAAUAUCACAUCAGCGAUCGACCAAUCAAUGGAAAUGUUCAAUAUGUUUGAUAUGGAUAUGUUCAAUUGUUUUAUCUAUACCUCAUUGCCUUUUUAAUCAAUUAGUUGUCUAUCCAUCAUUAUUGGAAGGUUUCAAUAUGAUACGUUGUGCAACUGUAUUUCCCAGCAAACAGAAUCGUUUAAUGUUGGCCAUUCUAUCUCCAUUAAGUCAAUAUUUAUUGCCAAUCGGAUUGACAGCAUUAUUUUAUGCAAGAAUUGGCUGUUUUCUUUGGCGUCAAAACAAUCCAAUAGGUAGUGUGAGCGCAAAUCGUCGUGCAUCGAUCAUGAAACGAAAACGUAAACGUAUCAAAAUGUUAGUGAUUGUUGUAGCCGUAUUUGCUACAUGCUGGUUUCCAUUACAUCUUUAUGUUACAUUGAUCGAUUUUAAGAUAAUUCAACAUCAUUUUGGAAUUUAUUUUGUUACACAUUGGAUAGCAAUGAGUUCCGUUUGUUAUAAUCCAUUUAUAUAUUGUUGGCUGAACGAAACAUUUCGUCUUCGUACCGAUUCAUUUAUUCAUUCAUUAACAUUAUUGAAGAAUCGGAUUCAACGUUUUAUUAUGCUAUGUUGUUCAUGUAAUAGAAAUCCGAAUGAAAUUGUCAACAAAGAUUUGAAUGAAAAUAAUGCAAAUAAUGCAAAUGAAAAUAACAUUGAUCAACCUAAAAAGAUAAUUGAACAGGAUCAAAAUAAUACUAUCAUUUCAAUUUGUAAUGAUGAAAAAAGCUCAACAUUUUAGACA